GCCAAUCCGCUUCCCGUCAUUCUUACGCAAUUACCGUUAAGGCCGAUACUCUCGCCAGGUAGAGGUGGAGCUCCCUCCCUCAGACGAAAGUGGAAGACGAAGAAGAAUAAAAGGGUUUGGCUACCGUUAGUUAGAGGAUGAUGGAGGAGUAGGAAUUGUUGGCUGGCAAUCCCACCAUUCAUUCAUCUCUUAGGGUUAGGGUUCCUGCUUCUUCAUCAUCAUUUAAUAAUCUCUGUGAGGGAGGCAUGAAUCCCUCCAGGAAAUCAAGGAAUAAGAAGAAAAAGAGGAAGCCCCAUGAACCCAAUGGUGGUGCAACUGCAGUGAAGGAGGACAACGACGAUUCUGGCUCUAGUAGAAUUGAUGCUUCUUCUUCUUCUUCUUCUCGCACUUCUUCCUCUUCCCCUUCCUCUUCCUCUUCCUCUUCCUCUUCUUCUCCUUCUUCUUCUCCUUCUCUUGACCAUGAUUCAAACAGAGCUGCUGAAAUUCUCAGUGCGGGCUCGUCCCUUGACGACGACGACGGUAAUGCCCUUCUUGUCCUUCUUCGUAAAGAGGAGUUGCCCAAAGGACGCAAGCAGAGGAGUUUCGCUACUUCUUCCACAGGCCUGGUUUCGAGUGUUUUGGGAAAGGCCUAUCUGGGGAGCACAAGGAAGGAUUCUUCCAAGUCCAAGGGGCCUCGCAUCAGCAAUGAUGAGGCUGAGGAUUUCUUGUGCUCCAUGCUUGGGUACGAAUCCCAACUCAACAUGGGGGUGAUCAGAGACGUGUUCUGUCAGUGUGGAUAUGAUGUUGAGAAGGCGUUGGAUACGUUGCUUGAAAUGUCAGCUUCUUCCUACGACCAGUUUGUGGAAAGCGACCACAGUAGCUCUGGAAGAACAGAUGGACUUGAUAUAGGAAUCUUUCCUGUUAGAAACAGGGAUCACCUAGCUGAUAGUAUCAAAAGGAAAUGCCAGUUAACAGAAGAUUCAAUUUUUCCUCCAUCUGAAAAAGAGUUUCAUGAAGACUUCGAAUCUGCAGGACAAUUUUGCGGGGAUUGUACCACACUUGGUUCCAUUUCAGAAGAACAUUCAUCGUUCACUUCGGGAACCAUGAAAUCAUAUCUUCCGCAAAAGGUACUGGAGUCUUUGUUCAAUAUCCCUGAGAGUUCCGAACGUAAGCCUGACUCUAUGGACUGGAAGAAGGUCAUCAAGACAAUGGAGUCAUUUGGACAAGGGUUGGAAUUUCGUUCGUCAAGCACUGCAAAACCGCAGCAAAGUACCAGGCAUGCCAAAGAAGAUGACUAUCAGUUGUUUCGGAGAUCUGCGAGGAAGCACUGGGAUACAACAGUAUCCUAUUAUCAGAAAGCUGCAGCGGCAUAUUCAAGGGGAGAACGGGGUCAUGCAGCUUACCUUUCAGAAAAAGGGAAACUCUACAACAGAAAGGCCUGCGAGGCAGAUGAAAAGGCUAGCCAAGAUAUUUUUGAAGCUAGAAACAAGGAAAUACAAAAUGUAGUAACGAUUGAUUUGCAUGGACAGCAUGUCAAGCAAGCAAUAAGGUUGUUGAAGCUUCACCUUAUACUGUUUACAUACAUCCCUUCUAUUCAAUUUCUCAAUGUUAUCACUGGGUGCGGUACACAUGGUGGUGUUGGGAAGGGGAAACUAAAACAAUCGGUGAUUUGCCUCAUUGAGAAAGAAGGCAUUGAAUGGAGUGAAGGGAACAAAGGAACAGUGGUCAUCCGGCUCAAUGGGCUAAAAGAGUUCAGCUUCUUGCAAUCUGAUAGCGACUCUGAGUAAAUUGAGCUGGCUUGUGGACUGGCGGAUGGUUGCACUCGCAAAGUCUAGUUGACAGCGUUUAAGAUGUUUGAGCUUCUUGUUGGCGGAAUUCUGUAGCUUGCAUUCCUCCAUUGCAUGUUUCUGAGGUUUUCUGCCUCUUGACCUUGUAUUGUAUUCUUCUUUUCUUUUAACUAUUUACCCAUUGUUGUUCCCUUUCUUUAGUCGGUCAUGAGAGGCCAGUAGAAAUGUUCUUGGGGAGUGAGUAGGUGUGUAAUGAAUGUUCUUGGGGAGUAGGUGUUUAACAAACAAACCUUUGUCAUAGCUAAUGAUAUUGAUGAUGUAUGAUCUGAAACAUAGGCACAUUUUAUUUUC